GGACGAGCGGUCCGCGUAGUACCGAUACACGCUCGCGUCACGCUCGUCUCGUCGCGUCGCGUCGCGUCGCGUUGCGUCGCGUCGCGUCGUCAGUCCUCUCGUUCGCGCGUUUCUUCUCGCGAAACGUCGCCGCUGCUCGCCGCCGUCGUCAUCGUUGUCAGUGCUGAGAUAAAUCUCGAGGAACGCGCGCGAAGGUGGCGAUGGAACGCGCGUCGCAACCGAGAAGGAACGUCACGGAGCCGCGCACGCGUGCACGCGCGAACGCCAACAAAUCGCGCGAAAACUCUUGACACUUGCGCAAAAUGGGAGUCUCCUCGCGGUGCUCGUGAUCCAUCAGAGACGCGCCGUGACGAUCCAUCUCCCAUAAUUCCCUUUUCCCUUUCCUGUAAAAAGUCUGUCUCCUCAGUAAUCCCAUCGAUUCUUCUCGCCGGAGAGAGAAAGAAAAAGAAAGAAAGAGAGAGAGAGAGAGAGAGAGAGAGCGUCAUUUCUUGCAUUCCUCUCUCCGUAUACAUUUGUUAUCUCCUUUUUCACGCGUGUUCCUCAUUAUCGCUAUCUUUCGCGACGCAUCCCGCCAGCUCGAAAGUUUCGAACGCGCGCGUUCGGCCCGGUUCGCCGUGACUCGUCGCGCGCGUGGCCGCGCGCGGCACAUUCGAAGCGCCAUGAUGAUGGACGAGUCCGGAGUCGAUAUGGGAUUCGACCUGACGACCGCGCUCGGCAUCGCCGAUCCGGCCGUCCACCAUGCCAUCGUCGGGGAUUACGACGACGAAUUCGAGCAGGCCCUGUCCCUCUUGUCGACGUCCACCAAGGAACUGAUGUACUACGAGCUGAAAAGCCGCGCGCCUGAUACCGGCAGUCCGCCGACUUUCAAAACAGCUACGCCGACAUCGCGCACGCAAUUGAAGCUGCAACUGAUGCGGGAGCAGCUGCAGGAGCAGGAGAGACGACAGGCGGAAUUCCGGCAGAGCUUGCAGCAGCAGAGGCCAGCUGCCGCACCGCCUAGACCAGUGCCACCUACGUCGUUGCCCACCAUCGGCGUAGAUGUACCGCCGCAAGUAUUACAAGUGCGCACACUGCUGGAGAACCCGACGCGUUAUCACGUGGUUCAGAAGCAGAAGAACCAGGUGCGCCAGUACCUGCACGAGUCGUUUCGCGGAGGCGAGGGUGGCGGCGGCAAUGCGGUCCUCGGCGGCAGCGCCGAUAGCGAGGGUGGCGGUACGACGCCGGUCGACGCCGGGCCACCGCCCGUCCCGAUGGUGGUGCAAAGUGCACCGCCCGGCCCACAGCUGCAUCACCCGAAGCCGCAGCAUCCUCAUCUCGCCUCGUACCCGCAUGCCCCCGCGCUGCUGCCGCAUCACCCCGGUAACCCCACGGUGGUCUCGGCGAGCCCGGACCCCGCCACCACCGGCACCAUGUCCCCGGGUCUGUCCAGCGUCGCCACCAGCAACUCUGAGGCUGAGGACCUCCUGGACGACAUACUGUCGUUCGAGGCUGGCUCCUUAGGUGACGGAUUGAAGGACGGCCAGGCCGGAAGUCUCACGAAUAUACCGGAGCUUCAAAUUAAACCAGAACCUCUCUUGCUUACGGAAGCAGAAAUCCACGCCCUUGCCAAAGAUCGGCAGAAGAAGGACAAUCACAAUAUGAUCGAGCGACGGCGGCGCUUCAACAUCAACGACAGGAUCAAGGAGCUCGGCACCCUCCUGCCCAAGACCAAUGACCCAUAUUACGAGAUCGUCAGGGACGUCAGGCCGAACAAGGGUACGAUCCUCAAGUCCUCAGUGGAGUACAUAAAGUUGUUGAAGAACGAGCUCACGAGGAUGAAGCAGAGCGAGCUCAGGCACAAGCAACUCGAACACCAGAAUCGACGGCUGCAACUACGCGUGCAGGAGCUCGAAUUGCAAGCAAAAGCGCAUGGACUUCCGGUUUCCGACUUCACCUGGGCGUCCACCUCUGCCAUGCUCAACAGCUUUCCGAGGAAUAAGCUCGAGCAACGAAAGAUACCGGAUCUGGCGGUGACGGAGGAGGCGAGCCUGAGCAUGUCGCAGCUCGAGGAUCUCAUGGAGGACGAUACUGGCGGUCCCGUUCACGGCGGCGACCCGAUGCUGUCGUCCCCGCAUCUGCCACCGUUGAGCCCACCUGCGGCCGCCUGUCACCACGGUUUAACCGACGAGGACACCCUCGGCAGUCUGGCGGUGACCACGUCGAAUUCCUCGUCCGACAUGGACAUUGUCGCGUAGCGUCGAAAACCACCGUCGUCCGUCAGCUUCGCGCGCGAUCGAAGUCGACUCUCGAAAUUUCCACCGUCGCCGAAUUUCCUUAUCGGCUUUUGACCGAGAUCAUUGAUUUAAGCUUGUAUGAGAGUGAAAGAGAGAGAGAGAGAGAGAGAGAGAGAGAGGGGUGGGGGGCAGGAGGUAGGGCGAGAGAGAGAGAGAGAGAGAGAGAGAGAGAGAAUGAAAGAAAAAAUUGGAACGCUAUUCUGUCGCGAGAUGAAGAGUUGCUGCGACAUUGUAUAUAAUGUAUAUCUUCAUCGUGGAAGAACAGGAAGGAAAUUCGCGCGACAUCAAUUGGAUUUUAUUGAAGCAACCGCGCGCUGAUGCGGAUUUAUCUAAGACUAGUCAUCGACUCGAGAGAAGAUUUUCGGAGGAUCGGCAAAAGAAAUAAAGAGAUAUACGCACAUGCUUGUGCCAUAGAGAAAAUUAAAGGAGAUUGUUUCGAAUAUUUCACAAUCGAGCAAGUGAUCAUGUUUGUACUGGAAAAACAGUAGUCAUCUUUUAAGAAGAAAUAUCGACAUUCUUUGAAACGAAAUUGAAUAUAAAUCAAGAUAAUUAUAUGGACGAACUUCUUCUGGAAAAUUAAAAGACAUAAUUAGAUAUAUUUAUCGGACUUCAUAGGUGCUGCCAAUUAUCUAACCAAUAAUUUUUACAAAUCAAGAAUAUAUCCAACGAUUACUGUUGCAACAUCUUUCUUAUCUAAUAUGUCAUUAAUGAGCGAUGACCCUUUCAACCUGGGAGAUCACCAAGAAGAUUGUAGAGAAAAUUACCGUGACAAGGACAUGUCAAAUUCGCGUUACGCGUCCUUGGAGAUCCAGUACGCGGAUCAGAUGAAAGUUUUUCGGGUCGAUGACGAGUCACCUCAAGAGGCGAUCGGGCGUUUUCAAGUUCCUGUCCGGGAUCUUUCCAAGUGGCGGUGAAAGUCGUUAUCGCCGGGCGACGGAGGAGGAGUUCAGGGUCGUUCCAAUUGCGAAGAACGGAGGGCUCGUUGUCACGAUUCUACAAACGGCUGGCCGUUACACCGAUGGAAUGCGUGACGUCUUACGUGCAUUGUAUGUUAUGUCAGUGCAUCCGAAGGACGCGCUUUUGUCGCGAUUGAGACGAGCCUAAACGUUAAUCGCUACCGUUAAUCGAGGACGAUAUGUAUCGACACAUUGCGCAUCAGUGACGCGCUUUAUAUUGCUGGACGACGAUUUCAGGAUCUUUGACGAAGAAUGAGAACGUCAAAAGUGCUAAUUAUAUAUAGUUUGUUAUGAUAUUACUUAAUCAUCGAGAAAUUAUUUUCGUAGAUUGCGAGAUGUGCCGAGAAAAGAUGAUCUCCCCAAGAGAGAUGAGGAAGAGGGAAUAUUUUUAAUAAAAGAUUUUCGCCCGGGAUAUAUCUCUUCUAUAAGAGAUGUAUUAAUCGCGAAUAUAUAAAAUGUGUGAAAAUGAUUGCAUGAUAUGACACUUUAUUGCUUUCGCACGUUUAUAAGAUUACAAAAUAUCAGGUCAGUGCUGAAAGAACGAUUUGAAAAUAAAAGAGAAUAUUGGGAUAAAAUAUUAUUAAAAACAAAAUAUUGCAAUAACAAAAAAUUAAACUGACGAAAGAGAAGCAUCGGAUUAAUUUCAGUGUAUUAAAAGAAUUGCGAUCUCAAUCUUCAAUUUAUUAAAUAAAAUAAUAUACUACAUACGAAUCGAGUGCCUUUAUAUGAAAAGAAUCGAAAAAAACAUAUUUUCGAAAAUAUACUCUUCGAUUUCAGUAUUAGAGCUCUUAUAUCACACAAUCAGGAAUUUCUUAUCUUAGAAAUACACAAUGUAAAAGUUUGAAAGAUUAACAGUUUCUAAAGUCAUCUGCAUAGCAAAAAAUUCUAAAUCUUUGUAAAAAUUCGUGAUUAUCUUUAAAAUUAUGACCUCUCGAGGAUUAUGAAAUUCCCUGUGUGAUUAUAAAAAUCAUAUCAUCUUGCCACUAUUUUUAUCGUAAUCGAUAUUUUUUUUCAAAGAUACGAUGAUGGAGAAUACAAAUAUCAGAGAAUUAUAUUAAAUACAAAAUACUAGUACAACAAAAUAAUUUUUGAUAAAAUUUGAUGGCCUUAGUUAAGAUAAAAGGCUCCAUACAUUCACGUAAAAGACCCGGCUAUUUAACUGGCUAUUCGCGAAAAGGCUCAUGCAAUCUGCCAUUAAUUGUCUAUGAGACGCGACAGAGGCGCCCAACAUUGACGUCGAUAUCGAGGCGAUAUCGCGUCUGAUACCCCGAGUGCAGGCUCGUAGUGGAUGAGCGAGUACUAUACUCAAGUUCGUUAUAAAGUUUGCUAAUAGUUAUUGGCCUCUCGGCAGCGUGCAUGUCGUGGCCUGCCUCGUGUGUCGCUCGCAGCGAGCAUAUGGUGGCUUUUGUGUUCGACGGUCCUUGAUUUCAUCGCUUACCUUGCGUUCGCCGGGUAUAACCCACAUUGAGUCACCGAAUCACUACGUCGCCUCGAGCCAAGAUCGAUGAUUAUUCGUCCGGGGAAUCACCGUCGAUAAAUCGUUGGCGCUCGAUAGCAAGAGCAGUAAUUAAAGUAUCACCUACUUUUCAAGAGAGAGAGCGAAAAGAAAUUUGAAUAUUCGUUGCAAAACAGAAUAUCGGGAGAAGGAUAAGAGAUAUUAUUUUAAAUACAUAAAUUGAAAUAUUAUUAAAUAUCAGCAAGCAUUGACGAUUAAUUGGAUUUUUACGAUAAAAUGAAAUUUUUUUACCAAUAAUUUUGAAAUUAAAUAUCAUUUUUUUUUUUUAUCAAAAAGACACAAAAGAGAAACAAAGACUAUGAAAAUAUUCUUUAGGAUUGUUCUUUUGAUUUCUUCUGCGAGUGUACUUUCUAUGUAAUUUUCCGAUUAAAUGUUUAUAAUGAUAUGACACUUUAUAAUAGCUUCGAGCAGUGUUAGGGAAAUAAUAACGAUCCAGAAUAUCUAAACACUAUCACUUCCUAUUCAAAUACACACGAUUAAAUUGCAAGCGAUGAUGGCUAGCGGCUACUUCUCAUUAAAAAGAUUAAUGGGAAAAAAACAUUUAACCACUUAUUUUAAUCAAUUAUUUUAAGCAAUUAUUUUUCAAAAAAUUUGCUAAAUAUUAAUUCUUUUUUUACUCUGUACAAAGAUCAAUAAACAAUAUAUUUAUACAUUUAAAAGAUUUUAAUUAUGAGGUAAUUAAUAUAAUAUGAUGAUAUUGUAAACAUCAAUUGUAUUUGAUAUCUCAAUCACGCAGUAUGUAGCUGAUGCAUUUUUCUUACGAGGGAUAACGUGUUUUUUUCCUAUUUCAUUUAUCUCCUUCGAUUACAUAGCAAGUGAUAGAGUUAGACGUUUCAGACGUGGACUACAGGCAGAAGACCAACAUACUGCUCUCGAGUGUGUUCUUAUCGCAUCAUUAGUUCUUAGAUAAAUAAAGAAUUCUCUUUUGUGAAGAAAUAUAUUCUAGGUAGUUCAUAGUCUAGAAAAACGCUCGUAAAAAGAAGCGUUUGAAAUUUUUUGAUAAACGAAAAACGGCGCCUCAUGGUUUCAAUGGUGCGAGUUCAAAUCAAGAUAAAUAAAAGAUCGAGCUUCCCCUUAAGAUAAAAGAUAUUUUGUUACAUAUAUACAUAUCGCGAGGAUAUACUAUAUCAUAACUUUCCUCGAUUUUUUUCUGAAUUAGUUUACAUAUAAAUCAAUUCCUCGAUAAAAAUGAAACAUGUAAAUAACAUGUUUAUAAAAUGUAUUCGGCACAUCGAAACCGAGACAACCAAUGUCGCUCCGUCUCUUUCUAACGAUAAGAGAUAAAAGAAUAAACUUCUCACAUAAUAAACAAGAGAAAAGCAAUAAUAUUUACAAACACAACAGACGCUCACGUACAAAUUAUUCCUAUGAUUUUGAGAAGCGACUUACAAGUUUUUUCUGGCUUCAAGAUAUGGUCGAUGUAUAAGGUACCGAUAGAAGGAGGAUGUUUUUGUAUCCGAUAUGCGGUACCCAUAUUCGCGCAGGUCGCAAGUUUUUAGUGUACGAUCUGUAACUCAUCUCGAGGACACUUCUUCGUCAGGACAUACUGCAGGUAUAUAUACUUUCUUACGAGAUCUAUGUAAACGAACUACAGAGCAGGUACGGAAACGCGUUGUCGUGCGCGGUAUUCUCGUUUCUCGCAAGCGUGACUGAACAAACGAGCAAAACGUUGCAAGAGCAACGGUAACAACUGCAAUUGUUGCUCGCGGAGACUGCGAUGCCCUGAGGCUGAUACGUCCAUUAACAAAUCAUUCCGUUCGCGAUAUAUGAAUUUAUUGCGCAAUGCAAUGUUGUCGCGCGUACAUACAAACGACCGUCGUAGCGAGUAAUUUUAUGUUAGCGUUGCCAACGUACGCUCUUGUUGAUUAAUCGAUGUUUAAUUUUAGCUUGCGAGAAAAGCUCGGCGAACAUCAAAGAUGAAACGUACGCGCGCAUGAGAAAGAGAGAAAGAGAGAGAGAGAGAGAGAGAGAGAGAGAGAGAGAGAGAGAGAGAGAGGAGAGGUUUUGUAAGAAAUAUAUUUAAAAAGAACCUUUGACAAAAAUUCUUUUUCUCUCUUUCUCUCUUACGUCUUCAAGCUGCAAAAAUUAAUUAGGAAAUUUUAUGCGCCUCGGUUAUUUUUAACGCUUUAUCAUUUAGGAAUUCUUUCGUAAUUUUUCAGUCAAUUUUUCUCUGAACGAAAAUUUGAUCAAACGCCACUUUUGUCGCAUAUUUUUUCAAUAUCUUACAUUACGAAAUUAAAUAAAGAAUAAAGUUCUAGUUUUUAUUUGCAGUUUCAAAAGAUAAUCUCUACGCAAGGAUCCUUUUCUUUUUCAUUAUUUACAAUUGAAUAAAUUAUUGAUGGCUUGAUUUUUGUUCAGGAAAAGUAGACUUCAAAUUGAUCAAAAAAAUAAUAUGUCCGUAAAUGCUGAGAGACAUUGUUCCUGUGGAACACCCUGUAUUUAUGCCUGAAAAUUAGGUGUAAGAUCGACAAGCAAAAGAAAUUUCGUGCUUCGAGUGAUUAUCAAAGUUCGCCGAAUGUUCUUUCGCGAAAUCGCACCGACUCGUAAUUCCGUGCACGAGCCACGCGAUGCGGAAUACGUAACGAUUCGACGACACGGUGCACUCGGAUGCCUCGGGUCAAAAUAAUGGGGGGAGAUGAAAGGGAGGGACACUAAUUCUCUCCCCCGCUGUCGGUGCUGUGUAACCACCGGGGGGGAAAAUAAAUAAUCCGAAUAUACAGUGUGCGCCUAAGGUAAAUACCGAUUCCGGUGGUUCGCGAAAAACUUUCUUGUCGGGGACGCGUCCCUGUUAAAAGAAGAAGGGGGCUUGUUAGGACUUUUGGCGAGGACGUGACUGUGCUCGCGAAUUCGGUCCGAGAUUUGGUGCGAAAUUUCACGCGUGCGAAAUAUUCGUCGCUUCGUGCAAACAUGAGGAUGGUCAAAUUCAUUUAUUUUUCCGAUUAACUAGAAAUUAGAAAGAUAUACGUGUGUGUGUGUGCACAAUUUACUUUUUGUUUAAGUAUCCGAUAUUUAAGUGCGAUAAUUGAUUGAUGGCAAAUAAUUUUGUAAAAAUUUAAUUAACUUGACAUUGUUUCGUCAUUGAUAUCGAAGAGAUAGACGUCGAAAGUUGCAAAUUUUUUUGACUCAAAACGCCAAGGGCAAUUGACAUCGUGAAUGCAUAACGAAAGUUAAGUAUGCAAUAAUGAUUAGCAGACAUAACUGGUUUGCCAGCGAACCUCGAAAUAGGUCAUACCCUGAGGGUACGCCAUUUAUAGAGAGUGCUGCCUACCUUUAAACCCAGAACGAAACUAAUUUCUGUCGGAACAAAAUUUCACGACGAUGUGCAAUAGCGCGUUGCGGAAGACGUAUUGGAAAUUUAUCCGAACACAGCUAUAACAUUUAUUUCCGACUAUAACAUUCCCUUGACGCAUAUUGAUGUUGCAAGAAUAAUUUUCUUGCAAUAUAAAAAUCUUAAAAAAAAAAGAUAUUUAAAUAUCGCGUUACAUAUCAACAAGAAAUUUUCUUUUAUUUCUGUAAUUUUUUACAAUUUUUUUUUUUUUUUUUUUAUAUCGAAACUGAUUAUUAAAUUACACAUUUUAGUGUUUUAAUAUUUUCAAUUUGUUUCUUGGGUUUGGAAAUACCAUCUUUCACAUUUUACGCAAAAUUUUAUUAUUUUAGAGAUUUUGCGAGAUUAAUUUUCGAAGUAUAUAUUUAAUAUAAAUAUUGCGAGAUCGUUUUUACAAGUUCUUUUUUUACAAGCUCAUUCGGAAGUUCGAUGUCUUGAACACUAUUCACGCAAGGCGACAACAAUCCAAAGUUCACCGAUGCUGACGUCGCAAGCUUGCGAGUCGUCCUUGCGAAUCGGCAUCAUUUGCAUGCGGGUGCAUAAUGUCGCGAGAACGGGAGUAAAAAUGGGAGAAAAAAAAAAUGGGAGGACGAAAGUACAAGGCAGGUGUGCCGACCAUAAAUAAGAGACACUGCUGCCGAUGUUACGUGCUGUACGACGAGAUUGAAAAUUCUGCGAACGCGAAAUAUAUGCGGUCGCGCGUUUCUCUCGCCCGAUUGAAGCCCCUCGCGACAUCGGAAUUGCGCUAUUUUUUAAAAGAUGUUUACAAAAUUUCGCGAUUCAGUCACGCAAGAAAUUUAUGAAUUAACCAACACUCUUUAUUUGUCAAUUUCUCUUCCGUCACAUAUCAAUCUUUUGUUUGUUUGUUUUUUUUUUUUUUAAUUUUGAUAUUUGAAAAUUGAAGAAAAUAUAUCUUAUCGAUGGUAUUUAUAUUCCGGCGCUCGCGUUUGGAUGUGGGUUUCCCCGUAAGUUUCACCAUCUCGUGAAUAAAACAUCGGCGCGGAUCAGGCCGAGGACGAGCACGCGCACGCAAUGAGACGCGCGUGUCGCGUGUUUUAAUACGCAUUCGAAUUAUAUGUAUCUCGGUAAGCCGGUACCAUCGGCUUUUCCUCGUCGUUGACGCUUUUGCCACGCAUCUUUGUCGCUUGUUCCAACACGCUGCUCACUCGUUGACAGCUGAUGGUUAACGAUGUCAUUAGCGUGUCACGCGAACGGUGAAUUUAAAUGCCGUCGUAUCGCCAGCGCGUGUGCAGUUUAAAGAUACGUUUGUGUUAAAUAAUAAUCACGUUUUCAAAGAACUGAAUAAAAACUAAUUUUAUAUAUUGAUCUUGAAUUUUAAUCACAUGAUUUUAAUAAAAUUAUUAAAAUUAGUAAAAUUAUUAAAAUCACUAAAAUUAUUAAAAUUAUUAAUUUUAUUAAAAUUAUUAAAAUUAUUACAUUUUUAAAAUUAUACUUUAAACUCAAUUUCACUUUUAAUGUCUUUUCAAGUUUGAAUCUUUUUUUCAUAAAGUGCAUUCGCCUCUCAUAGAUCUGUCACUCGUGACAGAAUCGUUGGAGGAAUCGCGGGAAUUAUCGUUGACGCGCGUAUUUCUCGUCGAAUUUUCUGCGGGCGCAGUCUCCUCGACGCAAAAUUGUGCGCACGCUUCGCAAGCACAGAUAAAUCUUCUCCAGAUGUCGAGCCCUCGCAAGCGAGAGCAUAUCCCGACCGAUAUCGUAUCUCGAAAACGGACGCGUAAGUCAAUACUCUCGGAAUGCGAAAAGACGUUUUCCUCCGAGCGAGUUUGCAGGAAGAGAGAUCAUUUCGACACGCGAAAAGAGAUCCGCGAAGAUCUCUCGACUUCUCCCAGUCCUCUAUGAUAACGUGUGUGAUACGAUAAGGUAUAUACACCCAAUAGAUAUAAGCGAAUAAGUACAAUACGUAGGCUAGGAGAAAACGUGCGAAGAAUAUAUUUUCGGAAAUAUUUUACGAUGGAGAAUCUUGCGCUACGCAAUAUCGUGAAACCUUGCAUCUUAUCCUGUAUUUAAGAUUUCUUCUCGGUUCGAUAAUUGUUUGCGAUUUUUUUGGCAAAUAUAUAUAAAAUAUAUGUGCGAAAACAUGUAAUUACACACAGGCGUACAGGAAAAGUGUGAAAGAUAGCGAUAAAGCGAGGAUGGUGUUAUCAAUUUUCAUAGUUUAUUUGUUGACAAUGCAAGAGAGAGGUAGAUGCGAAAAAAUAUAAUGUUAAUGAUAUCGAUAGUAAUAGUAAUAAUAAAAAUUAUCGUUAUUGUUCGUUAUUGUCGCGUCGUUAAUGUUACCGUUUUGAGACGAUACUUUGUCAUCCCUCAUUGUUACAUUGGCGUUGGCCAUUGCCAUGGCGAUGUUAUGUCUCGAUGUCGAUGACUAUUCAUUGUUAUCACUUACUAUUGUACAAUUAUUAGGGCAUGCAAUUACGAUCAUGUAAUUGUGAUCGUUAUAAAUGCGCGAUGACGAAGCAAGCGAAUUGAAAUUGCGUUGCGUUCAAUGAUGAUUAGUCGUGAUGGCGAAGCGGAUGAAUUAUGUUAUGUUAUGUAUAUGUUUUACUCGUUGUUACUCGCGAUAUUAUGGUUGCAAUUUGCGCAGAAGUGCAUAUGGACGCAGUGCCUGACAAAAUGAAGAUAAAGGAUGACGUUACUGAA